AUGUUCCGUCGAGUUGCUCGGAGGACCGUGAAGCUGGGCGCGUUUGGCGUCACAGCCGUUGGCGGCGUCAAGCUUGGCCACAUGUGGAUCAACGAUGACCUGGAUGACGUCAAGUAUGAGGUGGAGCGCGUCUUUUAUCAUUUCGCCAAGAAGGAACAAGAGCGACGGAAAGUGGUAGUUUUGGGCUCCGGCUGGGGCGCCCUCUCGUUCGUCAGGAAGCUCGACCCAUCACAGUUCGACGUGACCGUGGUCUCCCCAAGACCUUUCUUUUUCUACACACCCCUGCUAGUGGGGAGCACGACGGGCGUCGUCUCACCAGGUGCGAUCAUUGAGCCAAUCCGCGACAAUGUUCCCAACUGCGACUUCUUGCGAGUGCAUUGCAAGGACGUGGACCUGGAGGCCAAAAAGGUUCACUGCGAAAGUGGCCUCAGCUUGGACUAUGACCACCUGGUGGUCGCAGUUGGUGCCCAGCCCAACACGUUUGGCAUUCCCGGCGUCGACAAGUUUGGCAGGUUUCUGAAGGAGAUCGAGCACGGACGGCAGCUGCGAAAGGAGAUGCUGGACAUUAUUGAGAAGGCGGAAGUUGCGAACGCUUCGGGGGACAUGGACGCUGUAAAGCGACUCUUGAACUUCGUCGUCGUUGGUGGAGGGCCCACAGGUGUUGAAUUUUGUGGUGAGCUGUCUGACUUCAUCAAGCAGGACUUGAAGCGCAGAUAUCCCAAGAUUGCGGACCAUUUUCAGGUCACGCUUGUGGAGGCACUUCCCGGCCUUCUCACAAUGUUCCACAAGUCUGUUGGCAACUAUGUGCAGGAUCACCUUGCCAGCCAGGGCGUGGACAUCAAGCUGAAUGCAAUGGUGAAGGAGGUUGAGGAGAAGAAGGUCCACUUGAAGACCAAGGAGGGCGUUAUCGACAUGGACUACGGCAUCCUAGUUUGGGUGGCUGGUGUGGGCAUGAGGCCCUUCACCCGCUCCAUGUGCGAGAAGAUUGGCAAGGAGAACGGGCAGACAGAUCGGCGCGGGCUGUUGGUGGACGAAUGCCUGCGGGUCAAAGGCACCAAGCCUGGCGAGGUGUUCGCCAUCGGUGAUUGCGCCGUGAGUGGAAAACCGCCAACCGCACAGGUGGCAUAUCAGCAAGGAAAGUAUUUGGGGCGAAUGUUCCGCUUGGGCAAGGAGCAUCUUAUUGCCGAUCCGGAGGCGCCUGGCUUCAAGUACUGCCACCAGGGUACCAUGGCCUACAUCGGCGACUCCCAGGGCGCUGCAGAGAUCGAUCCCAAUGCCUUCAUCAAGCUGGGUCGUUCCUCGGUCACCGACCACAUGUGGUGGAGGUCGCUGUACGGAGACACGGACCAGCUGAGAGUCAUGGGCCCUGCUGGAUUUGCGAUUUGGCGGUCCACCUACUUCAGCAAGCUGUUCUCUAGCCGAAACCGCUGGUCAGUGGCCAGCGACUGGCUGCGAACGGGCGACGGGCAGGGCCACAGCAUUUCAGUGAGACCGCAUGCUGGUGGCUUGCUGAAGAGAGCAUGGAUGGACAGCUGCGCAGGUCGUUUGAUCCAGCUGUUGGCAUCUUGUGAUGUGGGUCCUUUUGCCAAUGAUGGCAAGUUUGCAGCGGUAUGCAAAUACAAGACGGACGCGAUUUGCUAUGGCAACGGGGUAUUCCGAGAAGGCACCUACCAGUAUGUGAAGUUCGUCACACAAGGAAAGGUUUCUGCUUAUUCCGGUCACGUGGAGGAGCCGAAGCUAGGCUUGCUUGGCGAAUCGCACAUGGGACCUGGACAGCCGGCUGGUCCCAGCCCACAGCCUAGGUGCAUCAACUGGGAUGCAGACCACAGGUACAAGGUGCCUCACGGCGGAAUGUUCCACUACGUGUCAGGUGCAAAUUUCUUCGGAGAGAUCAUCGAAUGGAUUGGCUAUGCCGCAGCAAUGGAUUGCGCACUGCCGGGCUUGACUUUUGCGUUAUGCACCGCUGCCAACAUCGGGCCCAGGGCCAUAGCGCAUCAUCACUGGUACUUGCAGAAGUUCAAGGACCAGUACCCCAAGGAAGGCGCUGGUGCCUUUCAUCUACUAGUGGAGGUCCGCGUGCAUGAGGCCGCAGACUUCUGGAAGCGCAGGACGGCGCAAGAUGAGAGUCUGUGCCUAGGAGGGUUUUACAUUCUGUCCCUCCGCGGCGACACCAUCAUCACGCGCGACUUCCGUGGCGAUGUCGUGAAGGGCACUGCGGAGAUUUUCUUCAGAAAGGUCAAAUUCUGGCACGGUGACGCGCCCCCAAUCUUCAAUUUGGAUGGGGUCACGUAUGUCUUCAUCAAGAAGAACGGAUUGUACUUCGUAGCAACUACAUGUCACAACAUCUCUCCUGCAGCGGUGGUGGAGCUCCUCACCAAGAUGGCCAAGGUCUUUAAAGAUUUCUGUGGGAUGCUCAACGAAGAGAGCAUAAGGAAGAACUUUGUGCUCGUCUACGAGCUUCUUGACGAGAUGGUGGACUUUGGCUACCCGCAGACAACCAACACUGAGCACCUGAAGUCUUGCAUCCACAAUGAGGCGGUGGUCAUUGAGGCACCAAAGCUUGGCCUCAAUCUACCGCAGUGGAAUCCCCGGACUGUGCCCAGCAACGCAGUCCACCGGCCAGUCGGGCCAACACACGAUGCCAAGAACAAGAAGAACGAAAUCUUCGUAGACAUCCUGGAGCGAAUUUCGGUGCUGAUGAGCUCUAACGGCUUUGUCAUCAACAGUGCCAUUGAUGGCAGCAUCCAGAUGAAGUCGUACCUCAUGGGCAAUCCAGAGCUGAAGCUUGCCCUGAACGAGGACAUAGUGGUGAAGAAUAUGGAUCUUGGUGGAAGCCAUGGAGGAUAUGGUUCCGUUAUCCUGGACGACUGCAACUUCCACGAGUGUGUGGACUUGCAGGACUUCUCGGAUUUGCGCACCCUGUCCUUCUAUCCACCAGAUGGCGAAUUUGCGGUCAUGAACUACCGCAUCACCGGCGAUUUCCGCGUUCCCUUCAGGAUAUUUCCAUUUGCAGAGCAGCAGGCGCCGUACAAGAUUGAGAUCACCAUCAAGGUGCGCGCAGAUAUCCCCGAGUCGAACUACGGCGGCAACGUGCAAAUCUCCUGCAUGCUGCCAAAGACGUCAGCGUCGGUCUCAACCGAGCUUGCUGUAACGACAGGGCAGUCUGCUGAGUACUUGGCUAGCGAGCAUCGGCUGCUUUGGAACAUCAAGAAGUUCCAGGGCGGGACAGAGGCUGCCAUUAAGUGUCGCGUCACACUUUCUGCGCCUGUCUCGAACAUUCAGAACAUCAAGAAGGAGGUCGGCCCAGUAUCGCUGACGUACGAGAUUCCAAUGUACAACGUCUCGAACUUACAGGUUCGCUAUCUGCGCAUCGCAGAGAGACAUAAGUCCUACAACCCAUGCAGAUGGGUUAGGUAUGUGACGCAGUCAUCCUCUUACGUGUGCCGAUUCUGA